CUCUAAGUGGAAUCCACCCGCUGCACAGGUUGAUCCCAACUCAACCCCUGGAGAAAUCCACCCUGCCCUCCCCACACAUCCCUCCAGACCUCCAGGAGGAGCAGAGAGGUGUGAUGAACAAAACCAGCCCAACAUCUUUUGAAAGAAAGUCUGUCAUUUCUGUGACAAUGAGCCAAUCCUCUCACAUAUCUGUGAGCAACAUGGCCCUGAUGUGCACUGAACUAGAGAAAACACCCGCAUGCCAGAAAGGAAGUAAGGUUGAGAGACUAGAAUUUAAGUCAGGUCCAACAGCCGUCCACAAGCAUCUUGCCCUGAGCCACUCCGCUAGUCUUUCAGAGAGAGAUGAGGACAGUGAGGAGGACAAAGAGAAUAAGGCUCCUUCUCCCUCACAGCUAGCUCUGAAAAUGAAGCCCAGGAAGCUGUUUGGGCCUACUAAUAAAUCCUUCACUCCUAGUAAGGACCCCAAUAUUAAACUGCUGAUGAAGGAUCAGAGCAGCUCAGAGGAAGAAGAGGAGGACAUAGUCACGGAGAACAGGAGAAGAAAGAGAAGUUACCAGAAAGGCCUCAAUAAAAGGGCCAAGGAAACAAUAAUAUCCACCAAGGAAGUGGAGACACUGUCAUCUUGUACGAAGUCCAGUUGCAGGCAUGCCAGUGUGGAGGCAGACAUUGAUGUGACCCAGCCUGCUCAGCAGGUGGGCUUUAUCUGCCAUCAGUUCAGCUCAGAGUUUAAGAGGAAGAUCAAGAAUCGCUGUAGGACAAUGGAUCUUUACACCAGGCAGACUUUGAAGACCUUACAGCAGCACAUGUCCUCCGUCAGUGUCCAAUAUACCAGUAUAGUAGUCAGAGGCUAGAGAAAGUUAAACAAGUCCUGGUGCGUGAAAUAGCAAACCUGGAGCAAGAUGACAUUGUUUUGAGAAGCAUGGAGGAGGAAUUGACGACUUACUGGGAAAAGCAGACUUUGGCCUUCCACGCUUACCAGGAGAAAGGAAC